AUGAACUACAUCUCAAACCUCGUGAACUCGGACGACAUCAUCAACCCCCUCAUCGACAAUGGAUACCUCCCCCACUCGGUCAUUCGCGUCGGUAUCCGGCGCCAACUCGCUGACCGCCUCACGUCUAUCGCCAACACAUCCCUCCAGGCGAGCUAUGAGUCCAAGAUGAAAUACGUGGAGCUACUCCGCGAACGACCCAUUGCCAUUGAGACCAAAACAGCAAAUGAGCAGCAUUAUGAAGUCGGAACCAGUGUGCUGAAGGGUAUGCUGGGGCCGCGGAUGAAGUACUCGGCGUGUUUGUAUGAGAAAGGUGGGGAAACGUUGGGGGAGGCGGAGGUGAGGAUGAUGGAAACUUGCGGCUGGGGCUCCCUCUCCCUCUACCUCGCCGAAAUCUUCCCCAACAGCCGCAUAACCGGCUUCUCCAACUCGCGCACCCAGAAACAACACAUCGACUCCGUCGCCGCCGCUAAAGGCUUCAAGAACCUCACGGUUGUAACCGGCGACGUGGUAGACCAUGAAUUCGACCCCGAAGUCUACGACCGCGUCCUCUCCAUCGAACUCUUCGAACACAUGAAGAACUAUUCUUUGUUGAUGGCCAAAGUAAGCCGGGCCUUGAAACCAGGCGGCAAACUCUUCGUGCACAUCUUCGCGCACAAGGACACACCGUAUGAUUUCGAAGGCGGGUGGAUGACGGAGCAUUUCUUCACGGGAGGAACGAUGCCUUCCGCCGACCUCCUUCUCUUCUUCCAGGACGACCUCAAGAUUAAGAGACAGUGGUGGGUUAGCGGUAUGCACUACAGUAAGACGUGUGAGGAUUGGUUGACGACCAUGUUGAGCAAUAAAGAGAGUAUUUGGAAGGGGCUUGUGGAGACGUAUGGUGAGGAGGGGGCGUUGACGUGGUGGAAUAGGUGGCAGGUUUUCUAUCUUGCUUGUUCGGAGUUGUUUAGGUGGGAUGGGGGUGAUACGUGGGGGGUUAGUCAUUAUUUGUUUGAGAAGAAGGAGUAG